GCGAUUUAUCAUUAAAAAGCUCAGUUAUUUUUCACUUACAACAUAAACGGUACUAUAAUUACUGCGAAUAUCAACAUCAGUUAUUUGUUAUAGUUUCUUUAAUAGCGUGAAGCAGAUUUCUUGAAUUUUCGAUCGAAUAAUUCGAAAAGAUGGCGCCAAAUAUUUUAAGCACAGAUUCAAAAACACUCACGGAGAAAGAUUUACAAAAUGAGGAAUCUUCGAUUAUUACAAAGACAAUAGAUAAAAAUAACAAGCAAAAUAGAAGCGAGAGCUAUAUAAAAAGGCUAUAUGAAGACUGGUUUAAGACAGAGCCCAAAUGGUUUAACAUCGUAUCUAUUUGUUUCUUCCACUUGAGCUUCGUAUAUAGCUGUUUUACUUUUAACUUUUUUGAAAAUCUGAUGACGACUGCUUGGUUAUGCUGGCUGAUUGUAAUAACAGGCUUUGGUAUCACCGGCGGUGUUCAUCGUUUAUGGACCCAUCGAUCUUAUAAAGCAAAAUGGCAGCUUAGAAUUAUAUUGGCCAUCUGCUAUGUUACAGCUGGCAUGAAUGACAUAUUCGAAUGGGUGCGAGAUCAUCGGGUGCACCACAAAUAUACUGAUACGAAUUCGGAUCCGCAUAACAGUAGGCGAGGAUUCUUUUUUUCCCAUGUGGGUUGGUUGAUGAUGAAGAAACAUCCGGAUGUGAUCCGAUGUGGUCGUGAAAUCGACAUGAGCGAUAUAUUGGCUGAUCCUAUUGCUGUAUUUGCUAUCAAAUAUUUUUCGAUAUUAAAAUUACUAUUCGCUUUCCUACUUCCGAUGAUGAUACCUGUGUAUGCAUGGAAUGAGACUUGGUCUAGAGCUUUCGUGUCACAGAUUUUUAUUCGUUACGUUUUUGUUUUAAAUAUCACAUGGAGCGUCAACAGUGUGGCUCAUAUCUGGGGCCCAAAGCCAUAUGAUGCGGAAUUGAAAGCAACGCAAAGCUUAUUCGUCAACUAUGUUACGGGCGGUGAAGGAUCGCAUAAUUAUCACCAUACUUUCCCAUGGGACUACAAGGCUUCCGAGUUUAAUGAGUUCCUAACCACGCAAAACCUUAAUUUCUUUUCGAAAAUCGGCUGGGCGUAUGAUUUCAAAGAAGCGUCGAAGGAGCUUGUAAAGACCGUUGCGAUGAAUAGAGGUGAUGGAAGUCAUUCUUUGUGGAAAGCUGUGCCAUAUCCAGCUAGUAAAAUUGAAUAAUAAAAAUAACAAAGAAUUGUCUCAUGGUAACGAGUUUUUUGGAUCAGUUAACAACAAAUGUACGCGAUCAAGAUAAUUUACUUAAAUUGAUUUAAAAUAAUAUAUCAAGUUAAUAAUGUUAUAUAAUAAUAUAAUAACAAUGUUAAAAUAUAAAUUUGUUUUUUAAACUUCCCAGUAGCACAUUACAUUCAGGAAAUAUCUAUAAAAUGUAUAUGAACCAAUAGGUGCUACUUAGGCUGUAACAUAUCAGUAGAAGUAGAGAUAUUGUGUAUAUAUAUAUAUAUAUAUAUAUAUGUGUGUGUGUGUGUGUGUGUAAUUUACAAAAAUCCGCGAUUAAGUUUAUUACGAACUGUUUUAUUGUCAUCUUAUUUAAAGCGUGGAAAAUUACAAAGAGAGAAGAUUACUUAGGGAGAGAUGUCAAGUAGUAGCCAAGUAGCAAUAAAAUUAAUAGAAUUUUUAUAAAAGUGUUAACUUUUCUUAUUUGUUAAAAACACGUUUGUAACGUUUAGUUGAAUUUGGCGUGAAAUACCUAGCGUAUAGGCGCAAAGAGAAUACUUUACUUCAGGCAGCUAGUAGGUCUCAUUUCAAAAUAAGAAUUUAUAGAUAUAGAGUCUCAAACCUUUUUCGAGAUUAAAUUGUUCUUAAUGACUUGUUCUGAA